GGGAGGAGCCAGCGAGUGCGGGAAGGAGUGGGGGUGGUUGGGAAGCGCAUCCUCGCUGUCCCCACUCUCCCUCGGCGAGCAGCCGGGGCGCACGGACCGACGGACUGACGGACUCGCGAGCCGCUCGCGCUGCUGGGGGGCGCUGGUACCGGGCGUCGACGGCCAGCUCCAGCCCUCCCAGCCCCGUCGCGCCCCGCCCCGUCCCGUCGGGGCCGAUGGCUCCUCCCGAGGCCCGCAACCCGGGGGGCGCAGGGUAGAGCCUCGCGGCCCGGCCACACAGCCCGGGGACUCCCGGGCCCUCCCGGAGCCCCGCGGAGUCCCCGCCGUCCGUCCGGCGGGCUCAGGGAGCGAGUGGGAGCGCCCUCCCCCCGCCGCCCCCUCCCCCGAGCGUCGAGACAAGAUGCUGCCCGGGCUCGGGCGCCUGCUGCAAGGUCCCGCCUCGGCCGGCCUCCUGCUGAUCCUCCUGGCCCUGCCCCCAGCGGCCCCCAGCUGCCCCAUGCUCUGCACCUGCUACUCGUCCCCGCCCACCGUGAGCUGCCAGGCCAACAACUUCUCCUCGGUGCCGCUGUCCCUGCCGCCCAGCACGCAGCGACUCUUCCUGCAGAACAACCUCAUCCGCACGCUGCGGCCCGGCACCUUCGGGCCCAGCCUGCUCACCCUGUGGCUCUUCUCCAACAACCUCUCCACCAUCUACCCGGGCACCUUCCGCCACCUGCAGGCCCUGGAGGAGCUGGACCUCGGCGACAACCGGCACCUGCGCUCUCUGGAGCCCGACACCUUCCAGGGCCUGGAGCGGCUGCAGUCGCUGCAUCUGUACCGCUGCCAGCUCAGCAGCCUGCCCGGCAACAUCUUCCGCGGCCUGGUCAGCCUGCAGUACCUCUACCUCCAGGAGAACAGCCUGCUCCACCUACAGGAUGACCUGUUCGCGGACCUGGCCAACCUGAGCCACCUCUUCCUGCACGGGAACCGCCUGCGGCUGCUCACGGAGCACGUGUUCCGCGGCCUGGGCAGCCUGGACCGGCUGCUGCUGCACGGGAACCGGCUGCAGGGCGUGCACCGCGCGGCCUUCCGCGGCCUCAGCCGCCUCACCAUCCUCUACCUGUUCAACAACAGCCUGGCCUCGCUGCCCGGCGAGGCGCUCGCCGACCUGCCCGCGCUUGAGUUCCUGCGGCUCAACGCCAACCCCUGGGCGUGCGACUGCCGCGCGCGGCCGCUCUGGGCCUGGUUCCAGCGCGCGCGCGUGUCCAGCUCCGACGUGACCUGCGCCACCCCCCCGGAGCGCCAGGGCCGCGACCUGCGCGCCCUCCGCGACGCCGACUUCCAGGCCUGCCCGCCCGCCGCGCCCACGCGGCCCGGCAGCCGCGCCCGCGGCAACAGCUCGUCCAACCACCUGUACGGGGUGGCCGAGGCCGGGGCGCCCCCCGCCGACCCCUCCACCCUGUACCGAGACCUGCCCGCCGAAGACCCGCGGGGGCGCCAGGGCGGGGACGCGCCCACAGAGGACGACUACUGGGGGGGCUACGGGGGCGAGGACCAGCGGGGGGAGCAGACGUGCCCGGGCGCUGCCUGCCAGGCGCCCCCGGACUCCCGCGGCCCCGCGCUCUCGGCCGGGCUGCCCACCCCUCUGCUUUGCCUCCUGCUCCUGGCGCCCCACCACCUCUGACUGCGGUGCUGAGACUGAAGAGGCCAUCGUCACCCCCCCCCCACCCCCCGCC